GUCUUCCAAGAUUUGCCAGCCAGCCAGAAUCUUCCUCUGCUUAUGCUGGGAACAGUGCAAUUCUGAAUUGUGAAGUUAAUGCAGACUUGGUCCCAUUUGUGAGGUGGGAACAGAACAGACAGCCCCUUGUUUUGGAUGACAGAGUUGUCAAACUUCCAAGUGGAACACUGGUUAUCAGCAACGUGACAGAAGGAGAUGGAGGACUUUAUCGCUGUGUAGUUGAGAGUGGUGGGCCACCAAAGUAUAGUGAUGAAGCUGAGUUGAAAGUUCUUCCAGAUCCUGAAGUUACAUCAAACUUGAUGUUUUUGAAACAACCGUCUUCGUUAGUCAGAGUCAUUGGUCAGAGUGCAGUGUUGCCAUGUAUUGCUUCGGGACUUCCUCCUCCAGCCAUUAGAUGGAUGAAAAAUGAGGAGGCACUUGACAUAGAAAGUGUUGAGCCUUGUCAGUACAGUGAGAAAGAAGAAUAUUCCUGGAAGCUAUCCUAUAAAGACACAGCUAGCAAAAGCUUAAGCAUACACAGAACCCCACCUGAAUUCCUGAAGCAACCUGGUAAUAUAUACGCUCAUGAAUCUAUGGACAUUAUAUUUGAAUGUGAAGUGACUGGGAAACCAACCCCAUCUGUGAAGUGGGUCAAGAAUGGAGAUAUGGUUAUUCCAAGUGAUUACUUUAAGAUUGUAAAGGAACACAACCUUCAAGUUUUGGGUCUGGUGAAAUCAGAUGAAGGAUUCUAUCAAUGCAUUGCUGAGAAUGAUGUUGGAAAUGCACAAGCUGGAGCCCAACUGAUAAUCCUUGAACAUGAUGUUGCCAUCCCAACAUUACCUCCCACUUCACUGACCAGUGCCACUACUGACCAUCUAGCACCAGCCACAACGGGACCACUGCCUUCAGCUCCACGGGAUGUCGUGGCCUCCCUGGUCUCUACCCGCUUCAUCAAACUGACAUGGCGGACACCUGCAUCAGAUCCUCAUGGAGACAACCUUACCUACUCUGUCUUCUAUACCAAAGAAGGGACUGCUAGGGAACGUGUAGAGAAUACCAGCCACCCAGGAGAAAUGCAGGUAACCAUUCAAAACCUGAUGCCAGCAACUGUUUACAUCUUUAGAGUUAUGGCUCAAAAUAAGCACGGCUCUGGAGAGAGUUCAGCUCCACUACGAGUAGAAACCCAGCCUGAGGUUCAGCUCCCUGGACCAGCACCUAACAUCCGAGCAUAUGCAAGUUCACCUACUUCCAUCACUGUCACAUGGGAAACACCAUUGUCUGGCAAUGGGGAAAUUCAGAAUUACAAAUUGUACUAUAUGGAGAAAGGGACUGACAAAGAACAGGAUGUUGAUGUUGCAAGUCACUCCUACACCAUUUAUGGGUUGAAAAAAUAUACAGAAUAUAGUUUCCGAGUGGUGGCCUACAAUAAACAUGGACCCGGAGUCUCCACACAAGAUGUUGCCGUUCGAACAUUGUCAGACGUUCCCAGUGCGGUUCCUCAGAAUCUGUCAUUAGAAGUGAGAAAUUCAAAGAGUAUUAUGGUUCACUGGCAGCCUCCUCCUCCAGGCACACAAAAUGGGCAGAUUACAGGCUACAAGAUUCGUUACCGAAAGGCCUCCCGAAAGAGUGAUGUCACCGAAACCCUGGUAACUGGGACACAGCUGUCUCAGCUGAUUGAAGGUCUUGAUCGUGGGACUGAGUAUAAUUUCCGAGUGGCUGCUUUUACGAUCAAUGGUACAGGCCCAGCUACUGACUGGCUGUCUGCUGAAACUUUUGAAAGUGACUUAGACGAAACUCGGGUUCCUGAAGUGCCUAGUUCUCUUCACGUGCGCCCGCUUGUCACUAGUAUUGUAGUAAGCUGGACUCCUCCAGAGAACCAGAACAUUGUGGUCAGAGGUUAUGCCAUUGGUUAUGGCAUUGGCAGCCCUCAUGCCCAGACCAUCAAAGUGGACUAUAAACAGCGCUAUUAUACUAUAGAAAAUCUGGAUCCCAGCUCCCACUAUGUUAUUACCCUGAAAGCAUUUAACAAUGUAGGAGAAGGCAUCCCUCUGUAUGAGAGUGCUGUGACCAGGCCUCACACGGACACUUCUGAAGUUGAUUUAUUUGUUAUUAAUGCUCCAUACACUCCAGUGCCAGAUCCCACUCCCAUGAUGCCACCAGUGGGAGUUCAGGCUUCCAUUCUGAGUCAUGACACCAUAAGGAUUACAUGGGCGGACAACUCACUGCCCAAACACCAGAAGAUUACAGACUCCCGGUACUACACAGUCCGAUGGAAAACCAACAUCCCAGCAAACACCAAGUACAAGAAUGCAAAUGCAACAACUUUGAAUUAUUUGGUAACUGGCUUAAAACCAAAUACACUCUAUGAGUUCUCUGUGAUGGUGACCAAAGGUCGAAGAUCAAGCACAUGGAGUAUGACAGCCCAUGGGACCACCUUUGAAUUAGUUCCUACUUCUCCACCCAAGGAUGUGACAGUUGUGAGUAAAGAAGGAAAGCCUAGAACCAUAAUUGUGAAUUGGCAGCCUCCUUCUGAAGCCAAUGGCAAAAUUACAGGUUAUAUCAUAUAUUACAGUACGGAUGUGAAUGCAGAGAUACAUGACUGGGUUAUUGAGCCUGUUGUGGGAAACAGACUAACUCACCAGAUCCAAGAGUUAACGCUUGACACACCAUACUACUUCAAAAUCCAAGCCCGGAACUCAAAGGGCAUGGGGCCCAUGUCUGAAGCUGUCCAAUUCAGAACACCUAAAGCGGACUCCUCUGAUAAAAUGCCUAAUGAUCAAGCCUCAGGGUCUGCAGGAAAAGGAAGCCGGCUGCCAGACCUAGGAUCUGACUACAAACCUCCAAUGAGUGGCAGUAACAGUCCUCAUGGAAGCCCCACAUCUCCUCUAGACAGUAAUAUGCUGUUGGUCAUCAUUGUUUCUGUUGGAGUCAUCACCAUUGUGGUGGUGGUGAUCAUCGCUGUCUUCUGCACCAGGCGCACUACCUCUCACCAGAAAAAGAAACGAGCUGCAUGCAAAUCAGUGAAUGGCUCCCACAAGUACAAAGGGAACUCCAAAGAUGUCAAACCCCCAGACCUCUGGAUCCAUCAUGAAAGACUGGAGCUGAAACCCAUCGAUAAGUCUCCAGACCCAAACCCCAUCAUGACUGAUACUCCAAUCCCUCGCAACUCUCAAGAUAUCACACCAGUUGACAAUUCCAUGGACAGCAAUAUUCAUCAAAGGCGGAAUUCAUACAGAGGACAUGAAUCAGAGGACAGCAUGUCGACAUUGGCUGGAAGGCGAGGAAUGAGACCAAAAAUGAUGAUGCCUUUUGACUCCCAACCACCUCAGCCUGUGAUUAGUGCCCAUCCCAUCCAUUCCCUCGAUAACCCUCACCAUCAUUUCCACUCCAGCAGCCUCGCUUCUCCAGCUCGCAGUCAUCUCUACCACCCGGGCAGCCCCUGGCCCGUUGGCACAUCCAUGUCCCUUUCAGACAGGGCCAAUUCCACAGAAUCUGUUCGAAAUACCCCCAGCACUGACACCAUGCCAGCCUCCUCGUCUCAAACAUGCUGUACUGAUCAUCAGGAUCCUGAAGGUGCUACCAGCUCCUCUUACUUGGCCAGCUCUCAAGAGGAAGAUUCAGGCCAGAGUCUUCCUACAGCCCACGUCCGCCCUUCCCACCCACUGAAGAGCUUUGCUGUGCCAGCAAUCCCACCCCCAGGACCUCCCACCUAUGAUCCUGCGUUACCAAGCACACCGUUGUUGUCCCAGCAAGCUCUGAACCAUCACAUUCAUGCAGUGAAGACAGCCUCCAUCGGGACCUUAGGAAGGAGCCGGCCUCCUAUGCCAGUGGUUGUUCCCAGUGCUCCUGAAGUGCAAGAGACCACGAGGAUGCUGGAAGACUCCGAGAGUAGCUAUGAACCAGAUGAGCUGACCAAAGAGAUGGCCCACCUGGAAGGACUAAUGAAGGACCUAAACGCCAUCACGACAGCGUGA